GUCUCAACCUUCGCAAGCUCGUGCUGCGAAGAUGAGCAAACGUACUGCAGUGCCGGCCGAUGGGGAGCCGCAGUUCGAGAAGCGCCAUGUCAAACGUCCGAGGCUUGACGCGCCACGAGGGCCACCUCCCAAAGCGGAGGAGAUUCACUCCAGCCGCCAGUUACAACAGCUGCUUACCUUCCAGCAGGAUGCGAUUCAACAAGUCAGGAACGGUAUCCAAAGCCUGAAGGUCUUCCUCGAAUCCAUCGUGUACCCUACCGACGACUCCUCCGUCUCGCGGCAGAGAGCCAUACUUCGAGAAUUUUUAGAAACACAGAAACCGAGAGUCGCAGACAAGGAUGCGCCGUUCCUCUCGAAUCUCAUGCAGACUUGGAGUUUUGCUGAACAGUCGAACAACGAUCACCUAUCCUCGGCCGUCGUCUCUGUGCUUGCGCUACUUCUCAAAACUCUGUCCACCCAUGUCGAUCUCCAGGAGCCCGGUUUACAAUUGUGUCGCACAAUUCUCCAGCCUGCGCAGUUGAAGCUGGUCUCGCGAGGUCUCUCGGCACCGAAACAUAAGGAGCAUGUCAUAUCGCCAUGUCUUCGAUUAUUGACGGAGGUCGUAUCAUUCGACGGCGGCGCGGUAUCUAAACAGGUGUACUCCAAGCGGGACUUCACAUUCGAUGCGAAGAUCCUUGCGCGGAAUCUUGGUAUCCGGAGGUCUGCGGAAGAUGCGGCCAAAGACAGGCGCAAGCCUGCGGUCCGUACCAAUGCUGUCAAAUACCUGCUAGCAAACUUCAGACUUCAAAAUGAAGGUGUCAAAAUGGACAUCCUGAAACAAGGUCUGGUGUUGAAAGCGCUGUUCGAUCAUAUCCGAGAUGAUCCCCCAGAGGUCGCUACGGAGAUUCUGCAGGUGGUGAAGUCUCACAUCAUAGCCGACAAAGAAAUUCCCAGGUCUAGCAAAAGCCACGUGCUAAACGAUCGCGCAUUGGCAAGUAUAGCAUGCUUGUACCGGGUUGAGCAAGCGGAAGACGAUUCGGAAGAGAAAUCUCUCGAUGUCGUUGCCCAUCAAUUCCUGUUACAAGUUUGCACAUCCUCGGAGUCUGGUGUGCUUGUGCCAUCCUCCGGAUGGUACCCUCCAGGCACUGAUAAAGAUCUUGAAAAAGAUGAUCAGCAAGAGGUUGAAGAUUCGAACAUUAAUCUUGGUUUGGAUUCCCUCGAAUGGUAUGAGAGAUACCGCGGUCGCGUGAUCAUCAGGAACCCUACUCUUGCGACCUUCAUGCAAGGUCUCCGCCCCCAUGGAAAUAAGCUUGAGCAGGAGCUUGUCCUAGCCAUCUUUGAUGCCUGCCCGGAACUCUUUGCCGACUAUUUUUUCAAGAAAACCAACUUUCCAUUUGAUCCUAAGCUCACCGCUACAUGGAUCGGUUAUUCUUCCUUCCUUUUCUCUGCUAUACAACUCCACGUUCCCCAUUUCCUUGGACGCAAAGACAGCUAUGCGACUGUUCCGCCACCUGUCUCGAUAGUCAUAGAGAAUCUUCUACCACAGCCUCUUACCCAGAAGGCCUUGACUAGGUGCUUGAACCAAAACUCCGAUCUCAUUACCUUUUUCGCCAUCCGUUUGCUCACGAUAGCUUUUCAAAAACUGGAACUUGUCUUGCAGGAGUUUAAGAAGGCAUCAUCAAAGCAACAGCACACACUUUGGGAUCAAGCGGCGGAGCGGCUUGUAUCUGAAUUCACUCAGCGGUGCCCGAAGAUGAAAGACGUUAUCUCCGCUUUCCGCAAUACCAAUGAGGAAAACCUGAUGCAACGAGAGGCCGCUACCAGACUCUUAUCGAUGUACUAUGUUGUCAUCCCUCAGGUUGCUUUAGACGAAAAGUUUGACGUCUCGAUGGCUUUGGCCACUGCACUUCACCGAGUUGAGAAGCAAGCAGUGUCCGGGGAAGAAGGCGGAGUUCAGCUGUUGGAACUCGGCCAUUUGGUGCAAAUCGCACGUCAUGCACCGGAUAUGCGUUGGUGGCAAAAGCCGGAAUCGCUUCAAUUCUCUCCUUUCACGUCUGUUCUGAAAGUUCUCGCCAGCUCUCCCGAUGCGGCGUCAGCAGGGUCGAUCGCACAAUUGUUGUCUUCAGUCGUUCGCGAUCAAGGCAUCCUCCAGGCCGCUACACAGCCUUCUGCAUUUGAUGCGUUUGUCACAAGCCUGAGAACAUCGGAAGGUGCGCCUAUUGCUGACGCUGUAUUCAGCUUUCUUGAUGACUGCUUUGGACGACUCGUGAGGAAGCCAAUCAAGUAUCAAGAUGAUCUUGACACCCUUGCCAUGGAUCGAGCCGAAGGGAGCAACGUCAGCUUGCUACUGCUGACCGUUGCGGAGCAGUGGCCAUUUGUUGUCAAGUCAGGAAGUGAUGUCUCGUCAAAGGUGGCUGGUUGGCUUGCAAGCUUUUUGACUCUACUUCAGCAGAUCGGAGAGGACAGAGUUGUUUUACAAUCUGUUUUGGAUAAAGUCUUGAAAGCGGCGGCAGGUGCUUCCUAUCAGAAGACUUUGAAAAAGGCGCUCAAGCAACGCGAUGCUGUCGAAGUCAAGCAAUUUGCCGAUAACGCGGAAGAUAGGCUGUCACUCGACAAAAACAUGUCUUCAGCUAUCGAAAACGAUGCAGAGGACGAUGUAGCAACCUCGCUCGAGUUACCGCCUGAAGAAGACGAGAACCAUCCUGGACUGCACAAAUGGAUUCAGAAAGAAGUGGAGGAAGCUGUGGACGAUGGUAACAUCGGGGACCUGAUAUUAUGUCUCUGUUCUACACACACAGCUAUUCGGAAACAGGCAUUGAGCAAUUUGCAGAAGCUCAUGUCCAAAGUACAGUCUUCAAACUAUGAGGAGAAAGAGAUGAUGUAUCUCUUGUUAGGUGAAACCGUGGAGACCGCCAGGGAAAUCAUACAUGAGAAGCAGUUUCCCUAUGUGGCGGGCGUCUUUGCGACGCACGCCGUGACCGUCAUUGCCGAUCCCACGCAUUUCAUGUAUCCUAAAGUCAGCGCCUUCCUCACGAAAGGACCGUCAUGGAACAUCGGCAGGAUACCAUCUUCUUGGGCGGAAAAAAUCAUACUCAACCCUCCCGAGGACGACAACGCUUACUGGAAAGAGGUCGACUGGCUCCUUGAUUUUUUCGUUGACGGGCUACGCAUACCCGAGGACAUGGAGAUUUUCCGCGCGCGCAACGUCUUCGAACGCAUACUUGCGCUGUACACGUUUACCAACGUGUCACAAAAGACACGUGAGAAGAUCAUUCGCCUGGUGUUUCGGGCGGCAGCAGUCGGAGGCAGCACGACAUUGAUUACCAGAUCGGGCGUUCUGAGCUGGAUCGAGAUGCAGUUGGUCUCCAAGACAGGCAACGCGGCCGUCCUCCGCCAACUUGCGGCGCGUUUGUAUGAGACCUGCGAUCAGGGCAGGGUAGAGGAGUGGAGUCACGGCGGAGCCAAGAGCGACGUGCAGAGGAUAACAGGGAGUUAAGUGGGCAUAAAAUUUUUGUAAGUAGCAAGUUGUUUUAUCUGAUAGGACCAGAAGUCCACCGCCGAAAGCCGCUGGGCGCCGCGUAGGCUCGUGGCGAAAGCUAUCCAAUUAUCAGAGAACACCGCAGUUUGCAGCAUGCGGGCCCGGCCCGUAGGGG